AUGAUGGGCGCGUUCGCCCGCUUGGUCGUCGCCGCGCUGUGCGUUUACGGUUCGUCGAGCGAGGACGCGUCCGCGUUCGCGGGCGAGGGCGGCGACGACCGGGGCGGCCUGCGCGAGGUGGAUUACGCGCUCAUCGCCGCCGCCGCCGAGGGCGACGCGGCCAUGGCGCGGCGCGUGCUCGAGGCCGGCGCCGACGCCCGGGCCGCGACGGAGGACGGCGAGACGGCGCUCCACACCUGCGGCAUCAGCGGCUCCGCGGACGUCGCGCGGCUGCUACUGGCCGCGGGCGCGGACCCGGACGCGCGCGUGACCGCGCCGCGGGGCCUGAAGAUGACGCCGCUGACCUGGUUCGCCUACGGCCUCCACGAGGCCGGCGCGCGCGCGCUCCUCGACGGCGGCGCGACGCUCAACCUCGUCGUCGACGACGAGCGGGGGGACCGGCUCACGGCGCUCGACAUCGCGAGCCGGCUGACGGAGGGCCACGAGCUCGUCGCCCUCUUCCGCACGCGCGGCGGCAAGCGGUACGAGGAGCUCGACAACGUCGAGCGCGAGGCCUACACGGUCGGCGGCGACGUCGCGCCCUUCGAGUAG